AUUAGGAAUUGUAGCCGGGGAGCAAAGCUUCAAAUCUUCGAAAUGAGUUGUGCAGGAGCACAGGAAGAAUCUCUGGAAUCUCAUGUCAAAGAAUUGGUGUUGAAAAAGGAGAUAGGCAAAGGGUCUUAUGGCAAAGUCUAUAAAGCUGUGUGGAAGGGACGCGACGUUGCCGCGAAAAGGUUUCACUCUGUAUUCUUCCAAAAUAGCUCCUGCCUGCAAGAACACUAUAUGGAGGAAUUUCAGCGAGAAUGGAAUGUUCUAAAGCUUCUCGAUCACCCUAAUGUAGUAAAACUACACACUGUUUUAUUUCCUAAAGGACUCUCACCCAUAAUAAUCACUGAACUGCUUCACUGUGACCUGGAAAAGUACAUUAGAGAGUCCACAACCACGCCAAAAAUCCCUGAAAUGAAACUGAUUUGCAUCGCUUUAGAUGUAAUCGAAGGUCUUAAUUACAUGCAUGGCUUAGAGCGUCCUGUUGCGCAUCGUGACUUAGCAACAAAAAAUAUAUUGCUAACGGAGCAUGGUAAUGCCAAGGUUGCAGAUUUGGGGGUGGCCAAAAUAUUUGAAGCAGGCUGUGAAAUGCAUGCCACCAAUGUUCCAGGAACACCGCUAUACACAGCUCCUGAAACAUACCCUGUCAUGAAGCAGUUUGAGGUGGUAGGAAAUGCAAGGUAUGGCCCAAAAGUUGAUAUAUUUUCUUUUGGUGCAGUGGUCAUGGCUAUGAUUGUUGGACAUGAACCAAGUGUGUGGCCGUUAACUCCAAUCACCAAAGGUAUGUUUUGAUGCGAGCAUUCUUCAUUCCAUAAGUUGCAGUCAAAAAGGCUGCCUGACUCAUUUAAGAAGUGGUGAACACGUCGAGUUAUUAGGGACUUUAAGAUCCAACGACGCAGACGACAACGAGAACAUAAAAAAAAAAUUGGUUUAAUUAGCAAAACAACAACUUCGCACGGGCAUCACACUUUUUUGUACAUAUUUUCUUUCCUGUUUUUGCACGACUAUGACGUGAGAAUGCCUAAUUUCGCGUUUUAUGGAGGACGUAAACAAGCAACGACAAAAUUUUAUUUCUCUUUCUGAGCUUGAAUUUGGUCCCUUGAAAUUCAGCUUCAGGAGGGUUCGCCUAAGUGGGUAGGAAUGAUCGCUAUAAAGACUGAAAGAACGCAAAUUCACUUUUUAAGCGACGUUCUUGUCGCUGUCGCGUCAUUGGAUCUUAAAGUCCCUAUUGAUGUACACAGGAGGUUGCUAUAAGCACAAAAGCACAGUUGCUUGACAUUGCUUCUUGAGUGCUUUGCAAACCUCCCAAGUGCAUUCAUGACUAGCCUGCGUUGCAGCCGGCCCAUGCACUCGACUAAACCAUUUGUAUACUCCGUCUGCGAAUUAGUGCACAAAAGCUCGUUCUAAUAUCCUGCAGAGUCGCAAGGACAUAUGUGAACGUUUCGGAUAGGCGGAUUUCUUACGUGUUUCUUAUGAGCCUCACGAUUGGCCUAAUUCUUACGUGUGCGUGACGGUUGGGCGCAGUGACAUGUCAAAAUUCACAGAAGGGAGUCGGCAAGGAUCGUUUACCGUAAACAAUGAAAGAGCAGUUCGAACUUUAAAGCCGUCUUCUAAACAAAAAAAAUGCUUUGAGAGAAUUCCUUCAUGGCCAUAAUUUGCUUGUAAAUUUGCCGACUGGUUUCCCAGCGUCUUCCAAAUGCUGUAGAUGUACUGCCGCGUAUUCUGCAAUCUAGCCGACAGUUCUAGAGUUAAAAUAUAUUCACGGCGAAAAAAAAGUACACACAUGUAGCUAUUCAGGUCCAGGCAUUUCGGAGAAAACCAAAGAAACUAAGGUUAUUUAGCCGCAAUAAAAAAGUUUAAGGCUUAAGCAGAGGUAAAAGAAAAAUGUUUUAAUGGUAAACUGCAUCUGUGAUCAAAUCAGCUUCAUAACCUCUAAAAUAAUGUGAGACUCAAAGCGGAAAAAAAAUUGCUCCGUCAAAGUGUAGAAUACUCCACGCACUGCAUAAACUACGCAAAAAGAGAGCAAGAAAAACCUCUGUUGCUCAAACUGACUACACUAAGGUCACGUUUCACACUAUCACGAGCUCAGUCUCUCUUGUCACGAGCUAUGAGUCAUGUUUGGCCUGUCAACACUUAAUUCAAAUCGGACUAAUCACAAACUGUGUAAGAAAUUAGCCGAUCAAAAACGUCGACAUAUGUCCUUGCGACUCUGCGGGAUUCGAACACGAUAUUGUGCACUAAUUCGCAGACGCUAUAUACAGAAGGUUUAGAGCGUCUGCGAUGCAGGCAAAUUCAUGACUUGAUGAUUGCACGGCUACCACAGAAUCAAUGAGAACAACUUUACCAGUAUUAGUCCUCACAGGUAGCUGGGAAAAGAUUUGAGUGUCAUUGUAGUACCAAUGCACUAUGAUGCAUGCAAAUUAUUCUUUACAAAGUCAUUUCUUUCCAAAGGAUCUUUUCACUGAAUAAGUACUUUUCUGCAGGCUGUCUACAAUACCUAAAUCUAUAUCCAGUUAAGUAAGCACAUAUCCAUGUAUCCCUACAAGUAGUACUAUCUGCCCAGUACAGUAACAGAUCCCUAGAGAGGGAGGGAAAGGAGCAGUGGUGACUGCAUGUUCUUUUUUCCUAGAAAUUCUAUUCUAAUCACAGAACUUGGUUCCAAUAUUAGAGACAGUUUGAUAUGGGGAAGUCCUAACUUAGAACUUACAUAAAUUUAUUGAUUUGACGCAAUAUAUUAAGCAGGAGACACAGUGUUUUGUCACCAAAUGAAAUACUGAGAGGAAUAACCAGAGUAUACCAUCAACUGACGUGAUACAUCUCACUUUGACUCUGAAGAUGACUACCACACAGGUUGUCGAAACGUCAGUCACUGUCAACAACAACAGUCCUAUUCAGGACUACGUUCACCUGGAGGAUCAAACUCAACCUACUUUUGAAAUGACUCCUGGGUUCAAACCUUUCACAGUUUUACUGAGAAGAGAGUUGAAAAUAGGACGUGCAGUGGAAUAUUUUUGACAAACUUAAAGGUUGUUUCAUCUGGUGAUGAAACACUGUGUCAAAUGCUCAGUAUUACUUUUCAAACAAAAUGAUUUUAGAAAGAGAAAUUAAGGAUACAAGAAUGAGCAGUUUUUCAUCUGAUUUCCUUAACACUCACAUUUCCUUUGUGUUUUCUUUUUUAAUAUGAAUUAUUAAUGAGUUUGAGAAGUUCAUUCUGAAAAAUCUUUGAUCAACGAAAUCUUCUUUAACACCCUUUUUUCUCUCUAAGAUAAAGGUAAGAGAUACCUUUGCUAGCCAUUGCAGUGCUGAGCAAAAUAAAUUUGCAGUAUUGCUAUAUAAUUUGUAGUUUGAACUUGUAAGUUGCUCUGAACAAACUGUCAAUCAAAGCACCCUUUUUGCAAUAGUCUGAUUGUGAAGUUCCCUUCCUGGUUACCUGCAAAUCCCUGCUACAAUGAAAUGUUGCCCCAUGGCCACCUCAAUUUAACUCGUAUAUAUUAAGAAGAAGUAAGGAAAAAAUAAAUUAGGGGCCUUCAUAACAGGAUUAUAUUCAAGACAGGUAACCCAUCCAGUUCCUAACCUUGGCCGACACGGCUUAACUUGAGUGGCACUAUUAAAAAGCGAGUUUUGCCAGGGUAAUGUGAGAUACAUAUCUCUAGUAAAACAGUGGACUGUUUAUUUAUUUGGCUGAAGAUCUAAGUGGCAAAGUGGAUAAAUGGAUCUGUAAAUCAUUUAAUUUUUUUAAUUUAUUAUUUUGAUGGAUAAAUCUGUUUUAAGUUGUUAUUUAAAAAGUCUGAUGAAAAUUUUUAUUCCUUUAAGAUGGUGAAAUGAUCAGUGAACAUGUCCGACGUAAAACAGACAUCACUGAGAUGGGGGAACAUUUCUUGAAAAAACUGGUGUUAGGAUGCUUAGAGAAUGACAGUACAUUGAGACCUGACAUCAAGGACAUUAAAGAAGAACUUGAAAGGCACAAAUGGAAGGUAGUGAAACGAUCAAGUUUGCAUGAGGCAGAUGAAGAAGUUCAGAUUGAGAAAGUUGGACGCCAACCAUCAUACGAUUACAAGCUCAAGGUGCUUUUUAUUGGAGACGCAGGAGUUGGAAAAUCGUGUUUAUUCAAUCGUUUCAAGAACCCUUUUUUCAAUAUUUUCUUGAGCACUACAACUACAGGGAUAGAGAUCGAUCGCGAGUCUUUCAAAUAUGGCUCUAAGUUUGUCCGUUUGGAAGUGGUUGAUACUGCUGGUCAGGAACAGUUCUUUUCUUUGCAAGCUAUGUAUUUCCGUGGUGUCCAUGGCAUUUUCUUGGUCUGCGAUGUAACUAAUCGGGAAUCAUUUGACCACAUUCCUCGAUGGCUUAACUUAGCAAAGACUUAUUGCACAGAAAGCAAUGCAUUGAUUAUCAUAAUUGGGAACAAGACAGAUCAAGCUGGGGAACGGGUAGUUUCCUCUGAGGAAGGCCAAGAAAUUGCCAAAAGUAAUGGCCUAAGCUAUAUGGAAGCAAGUGCACUGGAUGUGAACACUGUUGAAGAAAUGUUCAAGACCAUGAUUAACCUCCUUACAAGAUCAGUUGAUCUUGGGUCAAUAAAAAUUGAACUAAGUGAUGCAAGUGGAAAAGUAAACUUGAAACCAAUGAACAAGAAGUCUAAAUGUAAAUGUAGUAGAAAGUGAUUUCCUUGUGUGGGUAGAACAACUAGAAAAAUUAGCAACUACCGGUAAUUUUUAUUCAUGGCUGUUAGUUGUGCAUGAAAAACCCGACUGUAUAAAUGGGACCCUCGCCACUGUCUGCUUAACUCAUUCCACCCCUGGAAAUUUUUGUUUUAAAACCCCAUUUGAAGCUAGUCAAGCCAUUUUUUGGUCACUUUCUGGCCAAAAAAAACUAAAGUGGCCCAAAAUGUUGUUUACAAGUCUAACACUAUGCUGGCUUUAGCCUGCACCAAAGACAAAACUAAUAACUCUGGUUAAGUUUGUCUGCAAAACAGCACCGAAAUCCUUGUCCUGGGACUCCGCCUGUGCACCCCCCUUAAUACGCACCAUGCUUGGCCUGUUAAAAAGCCAUUGUUGGUUUGCCAAACAGGUUGAAAGGAAAUUUGAAACGUUGAGGGCCGUUGAGGGCCCAGAACAAGGGUCUUGGUGCUUCUUUGCAGACCUUACUAACCGGGGUUUGAUUACAUCUGUGGUGCAGGCUAUGCUGGUUUUUGUUUUUAUUUCCCUGAGUUCAGGCAUGCAGUGACGUGGCCCCCUCUUGCUUAAUAUGGAGCCUGCACAAUACAGUCAUGUUUGACCGUGCUUGAAAUGCCCCUGGCCUAGAAAACAGCCCACAUUUCACGACGCCACCACUGGUUUCCCCGUGAAAUGACGUCUGAGAUAGGAGUGCAGAAUUUCCAUACUGAUGACAUGUCACUACUCAGAUCUGGGUAGUACUUCUGGUUGAUUGAGGCAAAUUUCCCAUUUAGCACGACCAGUCAGAAGCACUAUCCAGAUCU